AUGACCUCCGAAAACAACAAUAAUUGUUCCUCUGGUGGUGAUGCUUGUUCUUCCGGAGCAUCAGGGUCAUCAAGUUCUUCCUCUGGAGGAGGUGGUACUGAUACCUCACUUAAACAAUCGAAGCCUUUUAACUUGAGUAAUUUUGGUAUACUUGCCGUGUUUUGUAUUAUACUAUCACUAUCGUCUAGUACAUAUCAUAAUUGGCCUGCCAUAGAGAGGAGCCUGGUAAAUGAUAAGGUAUUUCAGCAUUUGUGUACUGAGAAUGAGAUACGGGAAUCUAUUCCUGAGAUGUAUGUCUGUGAUAAACAAAGGGAUGCCAUCGGUAACCUAUCACUCAAUAUAUUUCUCUUCGAAUUCAUCGCAUACUCUAUCGGUGGUCCCUUGGUUGACAUUCUUGGCGUAUACAUCGUUAUGAUUUGUGGGUUUGCUUUUGGAUUUUACGGAUUCAUAUUAUUGUACUUUUAUCAUGACAGCAGUUUUAUUGUCAAGUUUAGUUUUUGUUGUUGGGGGAUGUUUGGUGGACUGAUCAUUAUCACAUCCAUUCACUUUGCGAGAAUGUUUCCUCAAGCCAAGAGUUUGGCCGAUGGAAUGAUGAUAUUCUUUGAGAACUUCGCUUCAAGGUUUGGGAUUACCUAUUAUGAGGGUUAUGGAGCCUAUAUAAUUUGGGGAAUAGUACCAUCAUUUAUAUUGGCAUUAUCAUUUAUGCCCAUAAAAAUAAUUUCAAAAGACAAAAAAAAUAACAACCGUGAUAAAUUUUUUGAACAUGAUUUUAAAUGCUUACCUCAAAAGUUAAAAUGCUGGGAGUUGUGGGCAAAUCUGGUUGUAUUUUCAAUUCCAGUUACAUCUGCCAUGUUUUACAGGAAGACUUUCUCCGCAUACUUCCUCAACAAUCCUACCCUUCAGACAGUAUUCCCAUUCAUUUUGUUGUUUGUAUUUCUUCCCAUACCAUUCAUAUCCGCUCUAGAUCAGUUCAUAAGUGUACACUUAACAUCUGCUUUCCUGUACAUUCUCUACAUUUUGGCAUUUUUAUGUUUUUUCUACAGAACCAGAACACAUGGCCUAAUUUCUAUGGUCUUAUUUUGUAUUGCACACUCUGCAGAGCACCAGAUCAUGCAUUACAUAAGUAACAACUAUAGGGAGUAUGAGUCAACGCUCAUGGGCAUAUCGUAUUCCGUUGUUUUUGUGGUUGGGUUUUCACCAAAACUCGCACUGUACACUAUUAUCUCACUUCUUUUUGUUGCAACAAUCUUUUCAGUGGCAUUUCAGAUCAUUCAAAAAAAUGAUAAGAAAGGAAAUAAUAAUUCUCAAGAACAAUCUUCUGAACUCACCCUCAGUAGCCUUAGAAUUAUUUACGUUAUUUUCUGGUUUAUUCCAUUUAUUUUUCUCACUCUAUCAUUUAAAUCAUUGUAUAAUAAAAGCCAUGAAACUAAAUCCGAAUAUUGCAUAUGUAAAAUGCCUCAUUACCGUCUUCAAAAAUCUGUUACAGCAAUGAUGGUGUUUUAUUCAUUUUCAUUUUAUUACGUUUGCACCUUUUGUAAAUUAGUCUCAUUCGAUUAUGAUAGGCAUAGAUUCAUAUGGAUUUUAAUAUAUCUCGGAUGCUUUUUCAUCGUUUCACAUUUUAUAAUUGGAUUUCAAUUUCAAUAUGGCAACAAAAAUAGCGAAAACAUUUUAAAGUUACUUAUAGUUUUAUUCAUUUGUAAAAUAUUCUUAUUCGUGUACUCCAAAAUGGAGCCUAGCAAAACUGUCAUCUUCCUUUUCUCAGGGUUUCUGGUUAUCUAUGGAUACACUUUCUUCUUGUUCAUUCAUAUGCUUACCUAUUAUAAUUUUCAAAUCACAUAUGUUGAAAGGUCUUACCGCUUUAGCUUAAUCCACUGGGGAGGAAUGUUCACAUUGUUUUUGUUAUUUAGGUUUUUCUAUAUUAAAGUUUCAAAAUAUCGUUUUGGAUAUCGCAUGUUAUGGACAUUGAACACAGGUUUUUUUGCAUUCUUUGCAAUUCAAUUAUGUUAUUAUUUUCCAUACGAGAUGGAUGUAUCCAUAGGUACAUCAAAUCUGCCUGUUCCUAAAUUUAAAAAUGAAUUUAUUAAAAACAUUGAACCCAAGAAAUUUUGUGCUAGACUUUUUAGUGUGGCACUUUUAAUUUCUAAUUUGGCAAUUUUGAUUAGUUUUGUGUUUUGUUGGACAUUAAUUGUAGUGUUAAUUUGGUGUUUUUUUAAUGAUUUAAUAAUUACUACCUGUUCAAUUUAUAUUGUAGAUAAAUAUAAAGACGAAUACAAAGAAAAAUAUCAUCCCGAUAUGAUUAAAUGGUUUAUCUUACCAAUAUCAUCCGUCUCAUUGGCUCUGUUUGUGGCUCUAUUUAUAUGUCGUAUUGUAAUGUCUGACAGUAGAUUUAAUAAUAACGGGUUCGUUUAUGUAUUGAUAAUUUGUAGCUUUGUUAUUUUGUCCUACUACUCAAAUGUCUCAUGGUUUCAUACUCAGUACGAGUUACAGACUUGUUGUUGUAAGAAGGAAAGUGGGUGUGAAUGUCAAAUUAAAGACAGCUGCUGUUGUUGUUGUACCAAGAAGUGUCUUUGCUGUAUAUGUCGUAAAUGUUGUUGUUGUAAAAAACCAAGCACUCAAUGUGACUGUUGUAAAACAGAUGCCAGCCAAUGUUGUUGCAAAUCGCCUGAUUCUUGUGAUUGCUGCAAAAAUACUAAAUGUUCCUCCAAUGGAACAGAUUGUAAAUGUUGUACUAAAUGUGAAAAAUGCGUUUGUAUAUGUUUAAAAAGAAAUAAAAAUGGAGACAAUGGUGACAUCAUUUUUUGUUUUUUCGAGUGUGAAUUUAAAGAUGUAGUUAACGAUUUCGUUUCAUUUUUUAUUGGAAACACUUUUGGUUGGCUAUUGUUCAUAGCUUUCUUUGCCUUGUCAAAAGAACAAAAUGUAUUCUUAUCAUUUAGAUAA